CCGCGUGACUUCAGAAGAAAUGCCCCAUUUAAUGCGGUAAUUCGUCGGCUUUUGUAAUACACAUUACAAGUUAAGUUUACCGCCAUGGAAACGAAACGAGAGCCCACUAGGUGCUUUCGAAACAGUCUAAGCGGGCACGGUGAUGCGUUGGCUGUAUUCAACUGGUGCUGCAAUCCUGCGGCGAAGUGCGUUGCCUGCCCAUCGAGUGCCCGUCACAAAGUCUGUUUGGCGGCAUUGUGUCCCGCACUUACCAGACAGGGCUGGCUUGCGUUCAUGCUACGUUGACCGUCGCCGUCCUCGUUACCCGAAGAGUACCAAGGAAAAGCAGGCCUGCUCAGGCCGUCUCCUUCUUCGUGCCGUGAAACUCAACAGUAUAGCCGAAGGAGACCACUCAACGGUCGCGCCACUGUCACUAGACCACCUCGACAAAGAGCGCCUCCACAAACACGCGAUCUCUACUGUCCUUUCGCUUAUCGCAACCCAGAGGCUAGACGACUUGGCUGGGCUCGUGAAGAGAGAGGCUGUCAACCGAUUCGUCCAGGAAGUUUCACAGCAGCUGGGUUAUGGAAACAUGCACUAUCUCAAAGAGGUGGAUGACAUUGUUGCCAUGCCACACAAAGUGGCACUUCAGUCUAUUGUAGAUCAGAAAUACUGUGACAUUCAAGUAAAUUUUAUUGUCAUGAAAAACCUGGACAAUGGACAGUCCUCACCAGAUAUCCCUCGUGUCUUUGUGUGCUUUAUUUUAGCCAAGUUUCAUCGCAACUAUACUGCAGGAGUCUUGCCUGAUUGGACCAUUACAGACUUGUCGCUCUUACGAACAUCUUCACUUUUAAGAUAGUGUUGUUGUCAGUAGCGAUAGUGUGUCUUUGCAUUAUAUUUUGUCGCCUACUUGACGGCUAGGACCUGGUAUAUGUUGUAUGUAAAUGUAGAAGGAAUGACUUGCCUCACAUGGAAACUGGCACAAAGACAAGAGCUUUGAGAACUGAUGCACACUUGUACAAAUUUUUGUUACUAUGAAAAAAAAUAUUUAACACCACUGAUACUUUGUAUAGCAGUUUCCGCCAUUUAAAGUGUUGCAUAUUUAACUAGAAACAGUGUUGUAAGAGGUUUGUUGUCCCAUUGCCUGCUUUCUCAAAACUUUUUUUAUGUGUUAACAUUAGGAGUGUCAGGUGGAAAAAUGUGUAGGUUUGCAAAGUAUAAGAAGCCAGUCAUGUGGUAGAGGUGUGUGUGCGCAUGUGCAUGUGUAGUGCAAGUGACGGCAGUCGGCUCCUGACCACUGUUAGUUAUACUCCACUCCUCGAAGAGGCAGGACAUGUGUCGAGUGAGCUCCUGAACAAUAUUUUCCAAUGUUGUGAACGCGGUUUGAAUCAUGGAUUUGGCACUUCUAAGGUGCGACUUAAUGCUAACGCAUUUCUCUCGCAUUUACAGCUAAAUUGCCGCCAAUUUUUUUUUUCGUGCUGUCAGCCAUUAUUCACAUUUACAGGGGUGUGAUACCACAACAUAGCUACUAGCAUCCCAUUAUUAUAUGCCAUAAUGUAAGAACUUCUUAUACUUGUUUUCUAAAUAAAUUAUAAAACAAUGUUGCCUAAGACAAGACUUCAAGCCUGUCAUUUCUGUAGUCUAUGUUGGUCAUGCUUAUUGUUGUAUUGUGCCAUAUUAGAAAAGCAUUCCUCUCUAAUAAAGGAAAUGUGAAAAGACAAAACCAGCUGUAAAUUAUCAGUUGCAAAGAUAUUGUACUAAUUAACCAACUAAUAUAAUAAUUAACCACUUGUCAUUCCACAAAGCUGUGCCUUGGUUGUGGUACGGCACCUACAACGCAGUUGUACAAUGCAACCAUGUUUUCACAUUUUUGUAAAGAAUGAAACCACUUUGAGCUUGGUCUGUCAGAUACACUUUGACAUUAUUUAGCACCUUGGCAGUGACUAUUAAAUUAUUCGUUUAGGGGUUUUCACAGUUACAGCUUUGUCGGGGAGGCUUUUAGUUGCCGACACCGGUGAGCGUAGCGGAAAAAAAUUAUGCAGACCCCAUGGACUGUGGGAUCUGUUAUUUAAAUCUGUCAUGUUAUGUAAAGCAUCUUGCAGGUAGCUCGCAUACCAGCACAGUAUACGAGUAUGUAUGCAAACGCCACUGUGUGGUGUUUAUUGUGGAGCCUGUCACUGUCUUGUGAGUGACGAUUGCUGCUGUGUUGGAGUGUUUCGACACAGUGUGUCAUGUGAAUGUACUGAUAAGGAUCACCGGGGACUUCGCAGUCGAUGCCAUGUAGAAUGAGUUUUAUCGGACAUCUGUGGCUUAGCAGUUGUGGUUGUGUUCUGUCACUUCUGUCCAAAGUGGAUGCACAGGUGUGACCGCGGGUGCAUUAACCUUGGAAAGAACAUUGCAUCUCACAGAGCUCGUCAUUAGCCAUUUUGCCGUGCAGUCGUAAAGUGGCUCUUUGAAUAAAUAGUUCUGAAAACA